GUGCUCAAGUGACAAUCACAGACAGAGAAGCCGCCUUGGCAUUUCUCAAGUCAAACGUACAAGCGAAUUUACCCAGGGACCUCCAGCCGAGAGCCGAAGUAAAAGAACUGACUUGGGGGCAAAACUUGGCGAGCUUCUCUACGGGAGAAUAUGACUUCAUCUUGGGCGCAGACAUCGUUUACCUGGAAGAAACGUUUGCGGAUCUUCUUCAGACACUGGACCACCUGAGCGCGGACCACACCGUGAUCCUGCUGUCUUGCCGCCUGCGGUACGAGCGGGACCAGAACUUCUUGACGAUGUUGAAAGGGAUAUUUUCCGUCCGGGAGGUGCACUACGACCCUGGUAACGAUAUACAUAUAUUCAAAGCACAG